AUGUGUUGUGAGCCUGUCAAUUUGGAAGAGCUCGUCAAGGAGACGUGGUCUCAGCAGCGCUUAAAGAGCGCAGAUGCCACUCUGGCAGAGGAGGAGUAUAAAGACUUUGAGCUGAGGCUUCAGGUCUUUCAGAGCUUAGCCGCUGCGACGACGAGCUGUGGCUAUGAAAGGGAGGUCCUAUUGGCCGCGGCCCAUAGCGGCACAGAGCAGCUACAGUCCUUUUCUUCGAAUCUCCAAGGCUUGGAGGCGUUGGAACUCCAAUUGCGCCACUUAGCACAGGCCACCUUGGAGCCCGGUGCACCCAGUGCUCCUACCCUUGGCCGACCAUCCAUGCAUCGUGUGGGCGCGUGCCAGGCCUGCGAUCGGCUUACCCGCCCCAGGGAGGUCUUGCAGAGUUUGCGCUCCGCACAGCAGCGUGCUGAGAAGGCGCAGCAGAGAGCUUCGAGACGCUGGCGGCUGCUGCAAGUGCUAUUGGAGGCUGCUGGGCUUCCUUUGCCCGAAGGCUGUUCCCCACACCUUCUGUGCCACUGUGGCGCCCAGGCCACACGACUCUGUGGUCUUUGUGGCCGCGUGGCUUGUGGACAUGAGACCUGUGAGUGUGGCGAGGCUGUGAAAGCUGUGAGCUUGGAGAAGCUCACCAAAUCCAAGGAGCCUGAGCGUCUUCACGGCUCCAAACUUGAGGGCAUGGUGCAGCAAAUUCGGGAGGUCUUGUCCAGCAAUCCCAAAGUUCAAUGCCUAGUCUUCUCCCAAUGGUCUUCGACCCUUCGCAAGUUUGAAGAUGCCUUGAGCACUCAUGGCCUGGAGUACUUCAUCUCUGGGCGCAAGGCGACUGUCUCAGCCGAGACCAAGAAACCCAUCCUGCUGCUGACGCCGGACUUUCUCUAUGGAGAGAAGCAGAAAGACAGGAAAGAGAAGCAGAAGAAUCAUGCCCCUCUUCACCAAGCUUUAGAUGGACACUGCACCACUCGCCAUGUCUUCUUCACCAAUGCCUUUUACAUGACUCCUGUGAAAGGGACCCUGCUUGAGCGGAAGAUUGUUGACUUUGCCAAAGCUAACCAGCUGGGAAUCGCCUCAAAAGUGGUCCUCCACCGCUUUGUCAUGGGCGGAACGAUUGAAGCCAAUGCAGAUGCGCUCCAGCAGAAUUGA